GCCAGACUUCGCACCCUACCUAGAAUAGGGCACCCAAACCCCGAGCUCCGCGCAGCCAAACCCUCGCGCCUCCCUCCACGACGGCGAUGGCCGCCGCGACGGAGAAGACUGCGGAAGAUAUCCGCCGCGAGCUCCAGGAGCUCCAGCGUCAGCACCGCGAGAUCACCGAGCGCCUGCGCGACCCCCGCGGCCUUCGGCGCGGCGCCGCUGGCCCCGUCCCCGUCGGGCCCCGCCCGCUCCGCGGCUUCGCGAGACCCGCUUCGGAAUCAGGAGACCAGCCUGAGCCGAAGCGGCGGCUGCUAUCGGCUGUCGUUAAGGUGGAUGGCGCUGAAGCUAACGAGGAAGGCGCAAAGGAUGCAGAGACGGAGGGGCGUGAGGAGGGUCCAGGUGCCGCUGAAGGCGGUGACAGGAGGGGUAUCACCAAUGGCGGGUUCAGGAGGGAUGGGAGCCAGCGGUUGCUGAGGAGGGUGGACUAUAAUUCGCUGCCUGAGCCUGCCCCAAGGGAGCUUCCCAAAAAUGAGGACCCGAACUUGGUGAGGAGGAAUAAGAGGAUGCUGGGGCAGCUUCUUGUCGGUACAUUAGAGAAAUUUCAGCAAGAGGACAAAAAACUUUCCAGCUCCGAGGCUUAUCUGCGCAGAUCGGAGACUCAGCGAAAGGCUGAGCAAAAGGUUCGUGAGGAAAGCGAAAGGUUGCGACAGCAAGAGCGAGAGCAAAUUGCAGAGAAGCGUAAGCGUGACAUGACGCUUCGCGCUCGUGUAGCUGCUAAGGCAGAAGAAAAGAGGUUGGAGCUGUUGUACAUUCAGUGGACUGAGCAUCAUAAAAAGCUGUCCAAUUUCCUAAGGACAAAAGCUGAACCGCCUAUUUACUACAUGCCAACUAAACCAAUUAUUGAUGAUCCGGCUAUUGUCGAGCAGAACAAGGAAAAGGUAUUUGAAGAAUGGAAAUCUGAGCGCAGGGCUGAGCUGACUCAAUUUCAGAAGCAAGUUGAGGAGCAAUAUCUCUCCAAUGUUGAGAGGCAGCUGGAAAGGAUCCAGAAUGCCCGGAACGCACGAAGGGGGAACGGGCCUGCAAACAUGCAAGAAAUGGAUAAGGAGCUGGACACGCACAGGGCAGAGCAUGGUCUGAAGACUCGGCGGAUUCCUGAGGAGGGUGGCAAUGAUGAUGAUGAGGAUGCGGAGGACAUGGCCGCAGAAGACGAGCUGAUGGAUGAAGUCUUGGAUGUCAACGAUGCGAUCAAUGAUGACCCAACCAAGCCACCUGAGGAAGCUGCUACUGAUGGUGGCGAGCCUGCACCUGAGGAGGCACAAUAGGCAUGCUUGUUUACGAGCUAGGCACUUAGGCGUUCUGCAUUCGAUAUCAGUUUAGUUGCCGUCUUGUUGGGACUGCCGGUGUGUGUAUUGCUAUCGAGUUCUCACACUGUUAUCUUAAGCCAUGUGUUUUCAUGUU